AUGGCUGAGGCAGCCUACUUGGUAGCGAGAAAUCUCAUUCCCUUAAUCGUGGAAAAAGGGAAACAGAUGUAUGGAGUUGAGGAAGAAGUUGGGCACCUCAGAGAUGAACUGGAGAGCAUAAAGGUAUUCCUUGAAAGUGAAGCAAUAGAAGAGAGUGACAACCAAUUCCAAGAUUGGGUUGGGAAAGUGCGGGUGAUUGCUUAUGAGACCGAAGAUGUUCUUGAUGAAUUCACGCUUCGCCUGGAGCAUCCUCACGGGAAGGGAUUCCUCGUGUGGAUUAGUAAGACUUCUCGUCCUGUCGUGAACUUAAAAGUCCGUUGGGACAUUUCUUCUGAAAUAGGAAAGAUCAACCGUAAAGUCCAGGCUGCUUCUGCUCGAUAUGACAGAUACAGUAAGCGGCCGCCUCCUACCUCAAAACCAAGCUCCUCCACCUCUGUUACCAACCAACCGCAUAAUUAUGAUCGAGGCGAUGCAAACGAAGAUGAUCUUGUGGACAUGUUCGAGCGCAAAAGGGACCUGAUUAAUUUCGUGGAUGCGGGGGGUUCACCACUAAGAGUGGUUUCUGUGGUAGGAUCCCCAGGAUCCGGUAAAACCACCCUUGUCAAAAUUGUCUAUAAGGAUAUGCGAAAGGAAGGACGUUUCGACAGCCAUGUCUGGAUCCCUGUGGGUAAAUCACCCAAUAUUGAGGACCUCUUAAAGGUCAUGAUUGUAGAGCUCUACAAAGAAAAACAAGAAGUCCCUCAAGCGGUGAAAGAGAUGAACACGACCGAAAUACUGAGAGAAAAUAUUAAAAAAUUUCUUCAGAAAAAGCACUACUUGGUUGUUUUUGACGAUGUUUGGGAAGCUGAGACAUGGAAUCAGGUAAAAAAUGCUUUGCCUGACAACAGAAGGGGCUGCAGAGUCAUACUUACAACACGUCUGCAAGAAGGAAUUGGUGAGACUGAUAUAUGUCCUUUGACUGCCUUGUCAAAAGAAAGUAUUUGGAAUUUCUUUUGUAAAAAGGUAUUCCCGGGGGAACCCUGCCCUCCACUUCUCAAAGAUGAUUUUGAGGAUGUAUUAGAAAAAUGUGAUAGGUUGCCGCUCGCAAUCGAGGCAAUUAUCAGCGUUCUGGCUCUGGCUGUUAAGAAGGAUAAUGUGAGUGAAAAAUUGGAAAGGCUUAAAAGAAGCCUUCUUCUUGGGUUACAAGAUAACUGCGAAGUUACUCGCAUGAGAAAUAGACUCUUUCUCUGUUACACUGAUUUGCCUUUCCAUCUAAAAAUUUGUUUCUUAUACUUGAGCAUUUUUCCGGAGGGUCAUCAAAUCAAGCGCAUGAGAUUGAUUCGAUUGUGGAUAGCAGAAGGAUUUGUGGGAGACGAGCCGACUGACAACUCAAAUAUGUCGAAAGAAGAAGUCGCAGAGGAUUACCUCUCAGCCCUCAUCUGUAGAAGUUUGAUCCAAGUAGCAGAGAGAACAAGAGAUGGAAGAGUCGAAACGUGUCGUAUCCAUGAAGCCUGGCGUGAUCUGAUCACUUGGAUGUCAAGGAAACAGAACAUUGUAUCAAUAGCUGGCAACAACGACCCGUAUGAAGUUCGACGCCUGGCAAUCCACAAGAUCUUGGCAAAUGAAUCAGAUAGCACGCGUUGUUCUAAACUUCGUUCCUUGCUCAUGUUUGGGGUGGCAGAUUCAGUAUCGAAUUCAUAUAUGCAAAUGUUGUCUGAUGGUAAAUUGAGGCUGGUGAAGGUUCUAGAAUUGGAAGAUGCUUCAGUGGAAGUACUUCCCGAUGCAGUUUUCAAACUAUUCCAUCUCAGAUAUCUAAGCUUGAGGGGAACGAAGGUGAGAAAUAUUUCCAACUUGAUUGGGAAGCUUAAGAAACUAGAAACUCUCGAUCUCAAGCACACACGUGUCACUGUGUUGCCCGUUGCCAUCACAAAGCUCAGAGCACUUCGCCAUCUCUUGGUAGGUGGUACAGACAAUGAGAAGGUUACUGAAGGUGGUUAUCCGACCAUUCAAGGUUUUAAUAUUGUCGCAACAAAAAUAGCAAGUUUGUCAUCCCUACAACAGCUCUGUUACAUUGACGCAAGUCGUGAUCAGUUGAAAGAGCUGGGGAAUUUGACCCAACUGAGGAGAUUAGGGCUUGUAAAGUUGAAAAGUGCAGAUGGACCGGCACUGUGUUCCUCCAUUGAAAAGCUGACCAACCUUCGCUCAUUGUCUAUAAGUUCAAUAACAACAGGGGAGAAGAUUGAUGGUAUUCAAUCUCUGUCUUGGCGGCCUCAAUUUCUCCGAGGAUUAUAUUUGUCCGGGCAGUUGGAUUCUUUUCCGAAUUGGAUAUCUUCUCUUAGUGCCUUGGUCAAAAUAUAUUUAGGAUGGAGCGAGUUGACAAAUGAUCCACUGCAAUCGCUUGGAGAUUUGCCCAACCUGGUCCAUAUUGAGCUUCAUCGAGCUUACCAAGGGACACAACUGUGUUUCAGGGGUGGGGGUUUUCGGAACCUCAACACAUUGAAGCUUUCUGAAUUAAACAAGUUGGAACGGGUGGAAGUGGAGCCGGGUGCAGUGGCUGAACUUGAAAAUCUUUUUAUCAUCGAUUGUGGAGCCGUUAAGGAUGUGCCCUCAGGCAUUGAAGGUCUACGAAAACUUAAACUCUUUGAGUUCUGUGGUGUCUCUCAUAAAGUAGCAAAUAGCCUGGACAAAGAAAACGGUGAGGAUUACGAUAAAAUAUCUCACAUCCCCAUUUCUUGGAUCCAACUUCCGAGAGGUCGCUUACCAUAG